AUGGGGGACGGACAGCUCGUGGCCGGCGUUUCCCGGACCGCCGUCGGUGCCGAGUGUUCCCUGCCGGCGGCCGCACCGGCCUUCACCCUGCCGCCCAGAAACACCCGGCUCCGCGUGGGCAGCACGGCCAGAAUCGACGGAAAGGUGAAGGGCUUCCCGGAGCCGCGGGUCACAUGGUACAGAAACGGGCAGCCGGUGGUAGAAGGUGCCCGCUGUGCUGUGCAGAGGGGCAGCAGAGGAACUUUCUGCCUCAUCAUCGAAGACGUGACCGAAGAGGACGGCGGGAAAUACACGUGUGAGGCGGUGAAUGAGGAGGGCGUGCGGCAGGUGACCGUGGAGCUUACCGUGGAAGGUUACUCCGUGAGGAAGUACAGUUUGCCGUCCAGCACCAAGACCCCGGGUCUGUCGUCCUCCGUCCCUCCGGUAGAAAGUCGCCCCAGUGUCUGGGGUGGAUGCCCUCCCAAGUUUGUUACCAAGCCGAGUGGGACUGUGACCCCCGAAGGAAACACCGGGAGAUUUUCCUGCAAGAUCACCGGGCGACCCCAGCCAGCGGUCACCUGGCACAAGGGAGACGUGGAGCUGCGUCCCGGGGAUCCUUAUCACAUGUUUGAAAAGUCCGGGGUGCAUUUCCUGGAGAUUCGGGGGGUCCGCAGCGCAGACGCCGGGCUCUACACCUGCUCUGUGAGCAACAAUUUCGGGAGGUCGUCUGCGUCGGCGGAGCUUACGGUUCAAGGUUCUGACGGGGCAGACAGAUCUCCCACUUCGCUCGACGCUUCUGUCUCGCAGACGGCAAAAUCCUCCGAAUCCAGGCAAAUGACCUCAAACGGUGUUCUUAAAACCCAAAGGGUGGUUGGCUCGGACACCAAGCCCCGUUCCUGUGACAACGCGGACAGGUCGAUGGGAUCUUCCUCAGCUUCUUCCAGAUGGACUCUUUCCAGCCCCAGGACGGACCCUUUGCUUUCUGGGGAUUCUGACCCAGAGGGGGCUCGAGGCUCUUGGAAGAGACCCCAACUCGCUGCGUCUCCAGACACGAAGUCCACCAAAGAAUCCACGUCUGUAACGUCUCGCUACACGACCGUCCUGCAGUCACAACAGAGAGCUCCGGAUUCUCAGACGCAGACGUCUCCCGUCACACGUUACGUAUCCAAAUCCCUAACAAAACCGUCAUCUCCAGCCGGACCCCCAAAAGAGACAUCUUCUCGCUGUCCAGAGAACAAAGAUCCGAAAGCAUCUCCUAAAGAGACCGAGACUGUCUCCGCUAAACAGAAAGAGACAUUGGCUUCGCGAUACAAAACGGACAUAGACUCCAAAAUCAGAAAGUUUGAUUCAUCGAAAGAAACACAAUUUGUAUCAAAGAAAGAGCUGAUUCCGGUUUGUCCCUCCGGCCCGAAUAUUCCUGCUAAUGAGCCACGGGCCCAGAAAGAGACCCCCGGCCGCUUGGCUGGGGAGAGUCUAAAGAGCGUCUCCUCAUCUGGUGGGAUUUUAUCGCGUGAUCCUGGGGGCACCUACAGCGUCCCUUCCAGAAAAACGCCCCGCAACCCCACCUCGGCAGGGCCUCUAGUCAGCUCUACCCCUUUAACAAAUACUCUGCCUUUUACCCCCAAAACGGACGUGGCUUCAAAGAGCAGCACCAGCCUUUCUUCUAAAGUGUCUCCGGGCGUCUCUUUUAUAGACAGCUCCCCAUUUAAGUCAAAUAAGACUGCAGAUGCUGCUUUAAAAACCGAAUUGGAUGCGGCUGACUGCGGAGCCGGUUCCGCCGACACAGAAACCAAAUCUCAGCAGAAGACGUCCAGCACGAUCACCCUGAAAGCCGUGAAAAGCCAGCAGGAGCGCCCGGAGUACAGCCGCGGCGUCCGCAGACAGACAGACGGACCGGUGACCGCCGGAUCUCCGCAGACCGGAGCGUCUUCCGCUGACCGGCACAGGACGAGGGAGAAGCCGGGAACCGGCCCCGGGUUGAACUCGGGGCCAUCGAGUCAGGAUGUUUCUGAAGGAUCUGACGUUGUGUUUCCGUGUAAAGCAUCCGCAGAGCCUCUCGCCGAGUGGUUUAAAGACGGCUCGUCGCCGGCGGGGAAGGAGAGCGUCCUGAACACGGAGCGCGGACGGAUCCACUCGCUGCGCCUUCCCACGGUCCGGGCGACAGACAGCGGCACUUACAGCUGCGACGUCUCGAACACCAACGGCCGCAGCGGCACUCUGACCGUGAGAGGGUUACCGACACAAGACGUGGCCCCCCACUUCACUCGGGUUUUGAAGAGCUGCUGUGUGACGGAGGGUCAGGAUUUUGUGCUGGAGUGCGAGGCGCACGGGGACCCCGCUCCCGAAAUCACGUGGCUGCUAAACGAUCAGCCCAUCCAGUACGCCCGCUCCACGUACGAGAGCGGCGCGGCAGCACUGACCGUCCAAGACGCUCUUCCGGAAGACGAGGGGGUCUACGUGUGCCUGGCCCGAAACCGCUGCGGGGAAGCCUCCUGUCGGGCGACGGUUGCUGUAACAGAAAAAAAGUCAGUGAGGAAGGUGGAGGGCGUCCCGGCAGCCGUGGCCAUGGGGACCUUUGCCCCAGCCUUUGUGAAGGGUUUGAGUGAUCUUCAUGUCAUGGAUGGAAGCUCCGUUGUGAUGACGGUGGAGGUGUCAGCUGCUCCUCGUGCCGAGGUGAUUUGGUUCCAUAAUGGGAAAGAAAUCCAGGAGAGCGAAGAUUUCCACUUCGAGCAGACGGGUGACCGGUACAGCCUGUGUAUCCAGGAGGUGUUUCCGGAGGACACCGGUACCUACACGUGUGAAGCGUGGAAUACCCUGGGACAGGCGAGGACAGACGGUGCGCUAACCGUGCAAGAGCCGCAGGAAGGAAUCCAGCCUUGGUUUAUCAGCAAACCUAAAUCCAUGACUUUGACUCCGGGGCAAAACGCCCUCAUUUCCUGCGCCAUCGCCGGUGAUCCGUUACCCGAGGUGACGUGGCUGAAGGACGGGCGUGCGCUGAGCGGGGCCGAGGUCCUGCAGAAUGAGGACGUUUACACGUUAAUCCUGAGAAACGUGGAGGAAAGCGACGUCGGGCGCUACGAGAUCAGACUGAGGAACGCGGUGGGUGGAUGCAGCUGCCAGGUGUCCCUGACGCUGGAGGAGAAGCGGCCGCUCGGAGGGCAGAGAGAGCGCCCGGGCUUGGUGGAAAGGGAUGGAUGGGGACAUGACGAUGCACUGAGGCACCACCAGGUCACCAAGAGGACUGAAGAAGAUCAAGAGAUUGUCCGCGGCGUCCUCAAGAGGAGAGUGUCCGUCAAGGAGCACACGGAAGAAGACCUCCGGCAACAAGAAGCCGAGCAGCUCGAUUUCCGCAAGGUUUUGGGGAAGAAGGUCCCUGCGAAGAGCCUUCCAGACGAGGAUCUUAAGGACGUCCCAGCCGAGCAGAUGGACUUCAGGGCCAAUUUGCAGAGACAGGUCAAGCCCAAGGCCUUGUCUCCAGAGGAGAGGAAAGCUCAGAGCCCCCAGCAGGUGGACUUCCGCUCCGUGCUGGGCAAAAAGUCAGCCGGUCCCAAGACCCCCGUCCCGGAGAAGACGAUAACCAAACCGGCGACUCCCGACUUCAGGUCGGUUUUGGGGGCUAAGAAGAAAGUCCCCACCGAGAAUGGAAACGGCAUAGAGCCCCACGAGAACUCGAAACCGGCAAACAAGGAGGAGAAAGUGGAGGUCAACUGCUGCACCGUGGUGGAUGGAGACGUGGACAACAACAAGGUGCAGAAAACGGGGACGGCGCCGGUCUUUUCAGAGACGUUACAGGACCUGCAUUUGGUGGAUGGAGAAAAGUUGGUGCUCCAGUGCCGGGUGACGGCCGACCCCCCGCCAACCUUCACCUGGACCCUGGAUGGAAAAGUCAUCAAAUCUUCCAAGUUCAUCAUACUCUCCCAAGAAGGACCCCUGUGCUCUCUGAACAUUGAGAAGACUUUCCCCGAGGAUGAAGGCCGUUACCGGUGCGUAGCCGAGAACUCCGCCGGCCGAGCCGAGUGUGCGUGUAACGUGACUGUGGAAGAUACUUCAGGAAAUAAAGGAAUCAAAAAAAGCAAGAAGCCUCGGAGCAGCCUCCCGGCCCCCAUCGCCAACGACACGUCCCCCCCGCAGAUCCUCCAGUUCCCCGACGAUCGGAAGGUGCGAGCCGGGGAGUCCGUGGAGCUGCUCUGCAAGGUGUCCGGCACGCAGCCCGUUAAAUGCAUGUGGAUGAAAUUUAAGAGAGAGAUCAAAGAAAGCGAUUCGAUUAAAGUGGAGAACACGGACGAGACGAGCAAGCUGACCAUCUCGUCGGCCCGCCAGGAGCACUGCGGCUGUUACACUCUAGUGGUCGAGAACAAGCACGGGAGCAAACAAGCGCAGGUCAACCUCACCGUGUUCGAUAAACCGGACCCCCCGGCCGGCCAGCCUUGUGCGUCCGACAUGAAAGGCAACUCCCUCACGCUGUCGUGGUACGGGCCCACGUAUGAUGGCGGCAGCGUGGUGGAGUCCUAUUCGGUGGAGAUCUGGGACUCCGUUGACAAGAUGUGGUCAGACUUGACGUCCUGCAGAAGCACCUCGUAUAACGUGGAGAACCUUCUGCACGACCGAGAGUACAAAUUCCGCGUACGAGCCACGAACGUGUACGGGACCAGCGAGCCGAGCCAAGAGUCGGACCCGGUGACCUACAAAGAGGCCACGGAAGAACCUAAAGAUGAAGUUGAAGUGUCCGAUGAUGAGGAGAAGGAAUCUGUGAAGGAAUAUAAAGACGUCGUCCUCAACACCACCCAGAAGGUGUCCGAAUUUUAUGAUGUGGAGGAACGCCUGGGAACCGGGAAGUUCGGCCAAGUUUUUCGACUCGUUGAUAAGAAAACUAAAAAAGUUUGGGCCGGCAAAUUCUUCAAGGCCUAUUCGGCCAAAGACAAGGAGAGCAUCCGGCAGGAGAUCGGCAUCAUGAACCGCCUGCAUCACCCCAAGCUGGUCCAGUGCGUGGACGCCUUCGAGUCCAAGAGCGACAUGGUCAUGGUGCUGGAACUGGUCUCCGGAGGGGAGCUGUUCGAGCGAAUCAUCGAUGAGGAUUUCGAGCUGACGGAGCGCGAGGUGAUAAAGUACAUGAAGCAGAUCGCCGAAGGAGUGGAGUUCAUCCACAAGCAGGGCAUCGUCCACCUGGACCUGAAGCCGGAGAACAUCAUGUGCGUCAACAAGACCGGCACCAAGAUCAAGCUCAUCGACUUCGGACUGGCGCGGAGAUUAGAGAAUACCCCAAACCUGAAGGUUCUGUUCGGGACCCCGGAGUUUGUGGCCCCUGAAGUUAUUAACUACGAGCCCAUCGGAUACGCUACGGACAUGUGGAGCAUCGGUGUUAUCUGCUACAUCCUGGUCAGCGGUCUUUCUCCUUUCAUGGGGGACAACGACAACGAAACUCUGGCCAACGUGACGUCCGCCACCUGGGACUUCGACGACGAAGCGUUUGAUGAAAUCUCCGAGGAGGCGAAGACUUUUAUCAGCAGCCUGUUAAAGAAAGACAUGAAGGCUCGGUUGAACUGCACUCAGUGCCUCCAGCACCCAUGGCUGCAGCAGGACACGAACACGAUGGAGGCCAAGAAACUGUCCAAGGACCGCAUGAAGAAGUACAUGGCCCGGCGGAAGUGGCAGAAAACGGGCCACGCCGUCCGCGCCAUCGGCCGCCUCUCCUCCAUGGCCAUGAUGUCUGGUUUAAGCGCCAGGAAGUCUUCCGGAAGCUCCCCGACCAGCCCGCUGUCCACCGAGCCCGAAGCCAAUGAGGACGAUAACCAAGCCUUCCUGGAGCCGGUGAACGAAGAGAAGCCGCCGACCAAGCCGAUUUUCACCAAAACCAUCCUGGAUAUCGAGGUGGUGGAAGGCAGCGCCGCCAGAUUCGACUGCAGGAUCGAAGGUCACCCCGAUCCGGAGGUGAUUUGGUACAAAGACGAUCAGCCCAUCAAGGAGUCUCGUCACUUCCAGAUCGAGUACGACGAGGACGGCAACUGCUCUCUGACCAUUUCGGAGGUCUGCGGGGACGACGACGCCAAAUACACCUGCAAAGCGAUCAACAGCCAGGGGGAGGACACCUGCACCGCCGAGCUGCUCGUCGAGGUGAUGGCCGCCGAGGAGGAAGAGGAAGAGGAGGAGGAAGAAGAAGAGGAGGAGGAAGAAGAAGAGGAGGAGGAAGAAGAGGAGUGAACGGGGGCUCCGUACCGGACACAUUUCCAGCCGUACACCAUAAGGGACGUUUCCCGGUGGGACUCCGGAGAGACGCUUAUUCGGAGGAUUUGGGCCGAUAACUUAGUGUUUUUGUCACCAUUUGGAGAUUAUAUUUUCAGCCCGAUUUUAAUGAGACUUUUUCUCACAACCGGUUUGCAAUUCACCAAAUUACCAGCCGCGGCCCCCCGGGACCCCACUCUGGUCUGCCUGCGAUCCUGGACCGGAACAGGAUCCUCCCGACCCGGGGGACACGGAAGGGGGGGGGGGUGAAGUAUUUCCGAAUCAUUUCACAUAGGGGUUACCCUGAAUAAGUAUAAAGUAUAAAGCACAACUGAGUAUGA